CUUGAGACAAUUUUGAUGGAAUAUGAAAGCUAUUACUUUGUAAAAUUUCAAAAGUAUCCUAAAAUUACCAAAAAGGUCCUGGACACUGCCGAAAAUAAACAACAGCUGAGAACUGGAGGAAGACCAAGAAGGGCAGCAAGUUCUUCUCAGAAUCUCCCAAGGCUCAAACAUCAGCCAGUGCAACGACCGUUGUCAAAAACUUCACCUGGGUGCACAACAGAAUUUAAAUCAUCGACCACGGAGAGCCCCAAACAGAAUAAUGACAGUGCAGUUACUCUGGAGCAAUCUGACUUUGGCUUAAGCAUCUCAGCAAUCAACAAAACUGGAGGAGACAGCAUUCACCCAAGAAGGGGCCAAGUAAUUGACUUCCAUGGGACAGUUCAGGAUGCUGUCAAAGUAUCAUCAAAUGGAAUAGCCUUGAACAGCCUUAAUUGUGAUCCAGAUCCAUCAGAACGAUUAUUGAAACCCCUUAGUGCUUUUAUUGGCAUGACUGGAGAGAUGAGAGAACUUGCAACGGUUGUAAGCAAAGACAUUUACCUCCAUAAUCCAAACGUGAAGUGGGAUGAUAUCAUUGGACUGGAUGCAGCUAAAAGGCUAGUCAAGGAAGCAGUUGUUUAUCCCAUAAGGUACCCCCAGCUGUUUACUGGCAUUCUGUCUCCUUGGAAAGGAUUAUUGCUCUACGGACCACCAGGUACUGGAAAAACUUUGCUUGCUAAGGCUGUUGCCACAGAAUGCAACACAACCUUUUUCAACAUAUCAGCAUCCACCAUUGUCAGCAAAUGGAGGGGUGAUUCAGAAAAACUGGUCCGGGUGUUAUUUGAGCUUGCCCGGUACCAUGCUCCUUCCACAAUUUUCUUGGAUGAGCUGGAGUCAGUCAUGAGUCAAAGAGCCACUGCUUCUGGUGGUGAACAUGAAGGAAGUCGGCGGAUGAAAACAGAAUUACUGGUGCAGAUGGAUGGCUUGGCCCGAUCUGAUGAUCUUGUAUUUGUUUUAGCAGCUUCCAAUCUGCCAUGGGAGUUAGAUUCUGCCAUGCUGCGGCGGUUGGAGAAGAGGAUUUUGGUUGACCUCCCAAGUGAAGAGGCACGGCGGGUGAUGAUCCAGCACUGGCUGCCUCCUCUGAGCAACAGCGGAGGAGUGGAGCUGAGAACGGCUCUGGACUACAGCUUGCUGGGCCAGGAAACAGACGGGUACUCCGGCUCAGACAUAAAACUGGUGUGCAAGGAAGCAGCCAUGAGACCAGUGAGGAAAAUUUUCGAUGCUCUUGAAAAUCCUCAGCCAGGUAACAGUAACUUACCCAUGAUCCGAUUAGACACGAUCACAACAGCAGAUUUCCUGGAUGUGAUCGCCCACACCAAGCCGUCAGCAAAGAAUCUAAGCCAGAAGUACACAGCUUGGCAGAGAGAAUUUGAGUCGGUUUGAAAAGAAAAACCCCAAAAGAUUGAAAACUUCCAAGACUUUUGCUAUCCAAAAUGGCAUCGCCUUGCCUCCGAAGGAUCAAACGGCGAUGGGGAAGGAAGUGCCGUUGUUUCCAGGAAAGAGGAUGCAGUGAGAAAUGUCAGGGGGAAAUCUUCGCUUUCAAAAUUCAAUGGGGGGGUGGUUGGUUGGUUAUUUUUUGUUAGCCGUUUUCCAUGACGAUUCACAAAACAUUCUUCGUGGAAAUAGUGUGAUGGCAGUUGGUAUGUAAUGAGGACUCCAGCCUUAAUUUUAUGUAUAAAGACGUAGAGAUUGCUUGCUUGUCGGUCUUUAUUCGUGACAGUUGUUUACAGGUUUGAGGUAGAAGACCUGGAGCAGAAAGCUUGUUAAGAACAGCUAGAUGAUUAGUGUAACUCUCCCUUUCUGCGACUCGCUAGAGCAUUGCAGUCAGCGUAGCUUUGCCAGCAGAGACUGUACCCUUUUUAAUGAAACGUAAGUCGCUGCUUUCGAUGAAAUUCGGGACCUUUGCAGUGCCUUGUAAAUUUGGUUCGUUUGUCAUCGUUUUCAGCUGAGAUCAAAGCCUUGAUGUGCCAAAUGUGUUACUUUCCAGUUGGUUUGGGCUAUUUCCAAGGUGGAAAAGGCAAGGAAUUAGAGGAACUUGGAGACAUUGUAGAAAAUCAGCAGAUUUAGGCUUAAUCUAACUAGAAACUGGAUUGGUGGUUCGCAG